AUGGCUCUAUACUCUAGGCCGAUGGUAAAUGUGGCUCUAUAUUCUAGGGCGAUGGUAAAUGUGGCUCUAUACUCUAGGCCGAUGGUGAAUGUGGCUCUAUACUCUAGGCCGAUGGUAAAUGUGGCUCUAUACUCUAGGCCGAUGGUAAAUGUGGCUCUAUAUUCUAGGGCGAUGGUAAAUGUGGCUCUAUACUCUAGGCCGAUGGUAAAUGUGGCUCUAUACUCUAGGCCGAUGGUAAAUGUGGCUCUAUACUCUAGGCCGAUGGUAAAUGUGGCUCUAUACUCUAGGCCGAUGGUGAAUGUGGCUCUAUACUCUAGGCCGAUGGUAAAUGUGGCUCUAUACUCUAGGCCGAUGGUGGAUAUGGCUCUAUAUUCUAGGCCGAUGGUGAAUGUGGCUCUAUACUCUAAGCCGGUGGUAAAUGUGGCUCUAUACACUAGGCCGAUGGUAAAUGUGGCUCCAUACUCUAGGCCGAUGGUGAAUGUGGCUCUAUACUCUAGGCCGAUGGUGAAUAUGGCUCCAUACUCUAGGCCGAUGAUAAAUGUGGCUCUCUACUCUAGGCCGAUGGUGGAUAUGGCUCUAUAUUCUAGGGCGAUGGUAAAUGUGGCUCUAUACUCUAGGCCGAUGGUGAAUGUGGCUCUAUAUAAAUGUGGCUCUAUACUCUAG